AUGCCCUCGCUCAACUAUGACAGCCUAAGCCCCGAGCUGCUGUGUACGCAGGCCCUAGCCCGGUACCAUGGCUCGGAUAUUAGCGAAGUCCUACAAGUAGCGUCCCUCAUCAAGCCCCGGGACAUGGAGCGCGUUGAUGAAGCAUUCAACAGGCUUGCGCAACGUGUUGAGGCUCAAGACACGAAGUUUCCCUCCGCGGCUCCUUCUUCCGAGUAG